UAAACACUUUUACACGUUUCUUUGACUAACUUAUGAAUUUUCCGCAAAACUGUUGCAAUCUAUAGUUUUCAUCAUACACGUUUUGUAAAAAAUGGUGGACGAACAGUUAUCCGGCGCUUUGCGAGAUUUACCUGGCAGAGUUCUAAACGCGUCUAUUGAGGAACGAGCCCUUAUUUUUCGAAAUGUAUCGUCUGUUUUAAAAAAUCCCGGUAUAAAUUCAACAAUAAUUCGAGGCAUAUGUAAGGUUAUUGGAACUACGAUAACCAAAUAUAAGGAUUUUGCAUCGCAACGAAUAGUUAGAGAACUUAUAGUUGACCUUGCAACUAUACAUCACGACUUAACAAUCGAGCACAUGUUAAAUGUCUUCAAAAGUCUUUUAUUUAAAGAAUUCUCAAAUCUUUCCGGCCAAAAAUCUUGCAAAUCUGCAAUAAUAGCAUUGGGAUGGAUAACUUUGAUACAGAAAAAGGCAGACCGCGAUUCUAAUAUCUUUAAAACAGAAAAAAAAAAAAUUGUUGAAUACCAGUCUUUAUUUUAUCAAAUAACUUUAUUUUCUUCAAACCAAAGAAUUACAGACGCAAGAACAAAAAUUAUGUAUGAGUUAUGGGAUAAUACUGACAUAUUUGAUGAAACGUUAAACAUAAUGUUUCAAAUGGAAGCAACUAGCAAUGUUACUAUUAUGUUCAUGGUUAUGAUUCAAUUUGAAGCUAAAAAGAAGAAAUCGGUGAUAUUAAAUAAUUAUACGGAAGAGCUAUCAAAAUACUUCGUAAAUAGUAUGGUUUCGUGCAAAAACAAACCUGACAAGUUAUUUAUUACAAUAUGCCGUCCAUUAUUGGAAUCACUAACUGAAUCUGAAUUUGAUUCUUAUAUAUAUCCGUCAUUACAAAGGUCGAUAUUACGAAGUCCGGAAAACACCCUUGAAAGUAUUGGAUUGAUUUUUGAUAUGUUGAACUUUGAUUGCAGUUCUUAUGCUAAACAAGUUGGAAAUGUCCUUAUAAAAAAUUUAUACAGUAAAGGAGACACCGCACGGCGAGAGUCACUUGAUUCCUUAAAACUCUUAUCAACAAAAUGUUCUGACUGGAUAGUUGUAAAAGAAUUAUUGGAGCAUAUUUUCUCGGUGUUAAAUGGAUCCGACGGCAAAAUUAAUGUGGUUGAAUAUAGACUAAAUAUUUUACAGGGUGCUGGCUAUUUAAGCUUUAACAACAUAGAUGAGGACCAUUUGGAAGAAAUUUUAAAAGAAGCUGUUACCUUAUUUAGGAAAGCGCUGGAGAAUGAGGCACAGGAAAAAGUAAUUUGCUGCACUUUGGAUAUGUUUGCUUUAUGGACUCAAAAAUUUAAAAAAGAGUUGCCAAUUUUGAUUAUUAAUAUUUUUAAAGCUGGCGUUCAGCUGAAAAGUACUAAUCAAACAAUACGUCAAAGUUAUCUCGAAUGGCUUCUUUUAUCAAUACAAAAUACCGAGAUUAAUAACCAUGAUGGAAUUAUACCAGAUCUUAUGUUAUUUUAUACUAAAGCAUUGCAAAACUCUUCCCAAUUAUGUAAUUUAUCUGAAGCUGCUUGCAUUGCCUGUAUAAUGCUUAUUUUAGAAGAGCCAUCUGAAAAGUAUAGUUUUUUUUGGUCCACACUAUUUGAUAUGAACAAAAAAUAUUUUUUUAAUGAAAAGUUUACUGCUGUAGCUCCGACCGAGACAUUAUGCAAUAUAUCACUGAUGACGAGAAUAUUGCUUAAUUCGUAUCCAGACAAAAUUAAAGGAGAACUAGAACCUUUAGUUCGAACGUUAGUUUAUAAUUUAUGUAGCAAUUCACUAAAAGUUAGAACUCAUACUAUUGGUGAGGUCAAAAAAAUAAUACGUGCAUCAAGCGAAAUAGAAUUUGUUAAGUUGGCUUUACGUGAAUUUGGAGAUCGAAUUAAUUUAGUCAACAUUCAAAAUGACGGGGAGUCCUCCAUUGAUCAGUUUGGAACACCGACUCAAGCUUAUGUAGACGCACUUUUGGCUUUAACCAGUUUAAAACCUAUUAAUCGUAACGAAUCUGAAGAGGUUGUUAUGGAUUUAUUGCUCAUAGCACAUCAUCCGGCAAUUGUGUUGAAUGAACCAUAUUUUUGGGAAACAACAAUAGAGAAUAUAUUCAAUUUUAAUGCAAAACAUUACAUAUUAGAUAAAAAAAAUGAAAUAGUUAUUAAAUACGUUGAUAAUUUCAAAGCGAAUACGCAAUACGAGAAUACCAUAUCAGCAUUGGUUCGCAUUUGCCCCAAUCCUAUUGUCCCAACAGUAAUAAAUCACUUAAAAACCUAUCUGUGUAACUCAGCGAAUUAUCAUGCUUCCAAUGAGGACUAUUUGACAUUUUUGACACCAGAAGGAGAAUUAUACGAUAAAAGUGUAAUACCUCACAUAGAAUCACAAUAUGAAACAGUUCGUCUUAAAAGGGAAAAUAAAGUUUACAGCUACAAGGAGCAGUUAGAAGAGAUUCAACUUCGCCGUGAAAUUGACGAAAAGAGAGAAAAAGAGGGAAAGCUAAAAACUAUAAAGUAUACUCAAAAGCAAGAAGAACAAAUUAAAAAUCAAAUGGAAAAAGAACUUCGAGUAAAAAUGCGGAUCCAACAGCUUUAUGAAAAACUAAUAAGUAAAAUUAGUUUACUGAAGGCAGCAUGUUCUGGAAAUGGUGAACAAAUCGCUCAACAUUUUCAUACUUUGUUAAACGAUAUUUUGCAAGCUUCAAAAAGUCCUCUAUGUGCAGAGCUUCUUAAAAAUCUUUAUAUAUUUCUGCAUACCUUGUGCUUUACUUUUCACCCAAACCUUGGACGUAAAAUUGCAGUAGCAACAAUUAAGCUUCAAAACCCAUCUUGCAUUUUAGAAGAGGAGUAUGAAACCUUAAAUAUAAAAAAGGUCAUUAAUGAUGUUAUAUUCGACCUUGAGAAUUGUAUUAAAUCGAACUUACUUGACUCGUCAUCAUUUUCAUAUGCGUUUGAGUUCCUAAAGCGUGCACUCUUAUUGUUAAACAAUGACUUGAAUAUUGAACUUAUUUUGAAAUGCAUACAUAUAAUAUCUAUGCAUACAAUGGAUAACUGUAAUCCUAAUUAUAUGCCAAGAUUUGGUAUGUUUGAAAUUUUGUUACAUAUUUUUAAAAGCAACCAGAAUCUGGUAGCGCAAUCUUCUGUUGCUAUCUUAGAAGUUGCCAAAUUUUCAAACGGUGGUGUUUUCUGUUCUCAUCCAGAUAAUGAGAUUAUAUAUUUAUUUCUACAAGCCUUGUAUUGUAGUAAUGCCGCUGUAAGAAAAGUAGCCCUACAAUCCUUGAAAAUAAUGCUAGAUGGAAUUGUAAAUCACAUUAAAGGUGAUAAAAGUCUUGAAAAACUAAUUGCAAUCCAAUUUUGGAUAGUAAAGUAUGAUACAGAGGAAGAAAAUAGAGAACUGGCCAGUUUUAUUUGGAAUAAUGCAGACUUGCCUUUACCUGGAUAUGACGAUAUAAUUUAUAAUGUCACACACUCUGAGCUAUGCAUUCAAAAAUCAGCUUCAGAAUCUUUGAUUCCACUUUUGAAUGGCGAUGAGACACUUAUAAAGUGCGUAAUAAAGAAAUUGCUUUCUAUUUACAAUGAGCAAUUGUCACUAAUACCCCCCGUAUUGGAUCAAUUCGAUCGUGAAAUUGAGCCCGCUACCGAUCAAUGGAAGCCCCGAAGAGGUGUUGCUAUUGCAUUCUCCACUAUAGCUUCAUUAUUAUCUAUUGAGGAUAUAAAGGUAGUUGUGAAUUUUAUGGUGUCACAAGGACUUGGGGACAGAGAAGAUAUCGUACACAAAGAAAUGUUGGCAGCCGCUUUAAAGAUAGUUGAUUUACACGGAAAUAAAACUAUAUCAAUUUUGUUACCUGUGCUUGAAGACUUUCUCGAUAAAGCGCCAAAGUCUCAAUGUUAUGACACCAUUCGUCAAGCUGUUGUUAUUCUUAUGGGCUCGUUAGCACGGCAUUUGGAAAAGGAUGACAAGCGAAUAGAUCCAAUUGUCAAACGGUUAUUAACAGCACUGUCUACUCCUUCACAACAAGUUCAGGAAGCGGUAUCGAACUGUUUACCUUAUCUUAUGCCAUCCGUAAAAGAUGAGGCCCCUGCAAUGAUAAAAAAAUUGUUACACUCUUUGGCAAAGUCCGACAAAUAUGGAGAGAGACGUGGAGCGGCUUAUGGUAUUGCCGGGAUAGUUAAAGGCCUUGGUAUUUUAUCAUUAAAGCAACUAGACAUUAUGUCAAAACUAACAAGUUACAUUCAAGAAAAAAAAAAUUAUAGGUCCAGAGAAGGAGCAUUGUUUGCUUUUGAAGUUCUUUGUACUACACUUGGUCGUUUAUUUGAACCAUAUAUAGUACAUGUAUUGCCCCAUUUGUUACAAUGUUUUGGUGAUUCCUCCCAAUAUGUAAGACAAGCAGCCGAUGAUACUGCUAAAGUAGUUAUGGGAAAACUUUCGGCACAUGGCGUUAAACUAGUGCUUCCGUCUCUGUUAGAAGCUCUUGACGAAGAUUCAUGGAGAACAAAAACCGCAUCAGUAGAAUUAUUAGGUGCUAUGGCAUUUUGUGCACCUAAGCAACUUUCGUCUUGUCUUCCCAGUAUAGUUCCAAAACUAAUUGAAGUUUUGGGAGAUUCUCACACUAAAGUUCAUGAAUCAGGUGCAGAGGCUCUUAAAGUAAUAGGAUCCGUUAUUAAAAAUCCUGAAAUUCAAGCUAUUGUUCCCGUACUUUUAGAUGCAUUAGAGGAUCCAUCUAACAAUACUUCAACUUGUCUGCAAAGUUUACUGAAAACAAAAUUUAUUCACUUUAUUGAUGCUCCGUCAUUAGCCUUAAUAAUGCCAGUGGUACAACGUGCCUUUAUGGAUAGAUCAACAGAAACUAGAAAAAUGGCGGCGCAAAUAAUUGGAAAUAUGUAUUCUCUUACUGACCAAAAAGAUCUUUCGCCGUAUUUGCCCAGCAUUAUUCCUGGCCUAAAAUCAUCCUUAUUAGAUCCAGUCCCUGAAGUGCGAGCUGUAUCGGCUCGAGCCCUUGGUGCAAUGGUAAAAGGUAUGGGAGAAAGUUCAUUUGAAAACUUAUUACCGUGGCUAAUGGAAACUUUAACAUCGGAGUCAAGCAGUGUGGAUCGCAGUGGAGCAGCGCAAGGUCUCUCCGAGGUAGUUGCAGGACUUGGUGUCGAGAAGAUGCAUAAACUAAUGCCUGAAAUAAUUCUGACUGCAGAACGAGUAGAUAUAGCUCCACAUGUGAAAGAUGGGUAUAUUAUGAUGUUUAUAUACAUGCCUGGAGCGUUUCCAGAAGAAUUUACACCAUAUAUUGGGCAAAUAAUCAAUCCGAUACUGAAAGCCUUAGCAGAUGAAAGCGAAUAUGUUCGUGAUACUGCUUUAAAGGCUGGUCAGCGAAUUGUUAAUUUAUAUGCAGAAACUGCGGUUGCAAUUUUACUUCCAGAGCUUGAAAAGGGACUUUUUGAUGAUAAUUGGCGGAUUCGGUAUAGUUCAGUUCAAUUACUAGGAGACUUAUUAUAUCGUAUAUCUGGCGUAUCUGGGAAAAUGACAACAGAAACAGCAAGUGAGGAUGACAAUUUUGGUACGGAACAUUCACAUACAGCUAUUAUUCGCUUUUUAGGCGAUGAACGUAGAAAUCGGGUAUUGUCAGGUCUUUAUAUGGGAAGAAGUGACGUUUCAUUAAUGGUCCGUCAAUCUGCUUUGCAUGUUUGGAAAGUGGUUGUGACAAAUACUCCACGGACUCUACGCGAGAUUCUUCCAACGUUGUUUGGUUUAUUGCUUGGAUGCCUGGCAAGCACUAGUUAUGACAAAAGACAAGUAGCUGCGCGUACUUUGGGGGAUCUGGUAAGAAAACUAGGAGAAAGAGUUUUACCUGAAAUCAUUCCUAUCCUUGAAAAUGGCUUAAACUCUGAUCAUCCUGAUCAACGCCAAGGAGUCUGUAUAGGCUUGUCAGAAAUAAUGGGUUCUACGUCAAAAGAAAUGGUACUUUCAUUUGUAAACAGUCUGGUCCCAACAGUACGUAAGGCGUUAUGCGAUCCCUUGCCCGAAGUUCGAGUAGCAGCAGCAAAAACAUUUGAGUCCUUACAUAGCACAGUAGGCUCUCGAGCAUUAGAUGACAUUUUACCAUUUAUGCUAGAAGGUCUCUCCGAUCCGGAUCCCUUUGUUGCUGAAAAUACUUUAGAUGGACUUCGACAGGUAAUGUCGAUUAAAUCAAGGGUAGUAUUGCCAUACCUUGUGCCUCAAUUAACUUCCCCGCCAGUGAAUACAAAAGCGUUGUCUAUUCUCGUAUCUGUCGCUGGUGAAGCGUUAACGAAAUAUUUGCCAAAAAUACUAUCUGCUUUAUUGGAAGCCCUAUCAGGAGCUUAUGGAUCUCCGAAUGAAAUGCAAGAAAUAGAUUAUUGUCAAACUGUUAUAUUGUCAGUAACAGAUGAAACUGGAAUAAGAACUAUAAUGGAUACAUUACUUAUUUCAGCAAAUUCCUCUGAGCUAUGCACUCGAAAGUCCUCAGCAAGCCUAUUAUCGGCAUUUUGUAUUCAUUCACCAGGAAAUUACUGUCAAUACAUUCCUCAACUUUUACGAUGCCUUCUUAAGCUGUUGGCUGAUAACGAUAAAGAUAUAUUACAGAAAUCUUGGGAAGCUCUCAAUGCAGUAAUUAAAGGCCUGAAUGCCGCUCAGCAAAUAUCUCACGUGUCUGAUGUCCGCCAAGCAGUAAGAUUUGCAGCAAGUGAACUUAAAGAAACUGAGCUUCCAGGUUUUUGUUUGCCAAAGGGAAUAACCCCACUGUUACCCGUAUUUCGCGAAGCUAUUUUAAAUGGAUUGCCUGAUGAAAAAGAAAAUGCAGCACAGGGACUAGGUGAAGUUAUAUUCCUAACUAACGCACAAUCAUUGCAGCCUUCUGUUGUACAAAUAACAGGUCCGUUAAUUCGAAUAUUGGGAGACCGUUUUAAUGCAGCGGUUAAAGCCGCUGUAUUGGAAACAUUAUCAAUUUUACUAAAUAAAGUUGGUAUUCUAUUGAAACAGUUCCUACCACAACUUCAGACUACAUUUCUUAAAGCACUGCAUGAUCUAAACCGAAACGUUAGAAUGAAAGCUGGGAAAGCUCUAUCCGAGUUAGUUGCAAUUCACUCUAGAGCAGAUCCAUUAUUUAAUGAAAUUCACAAUGGAAUUAAAAACUCAGAUGAUUCUUCUGUAAGAGAAACAAUGCUCCAUGCCCUUCGCAGUAUUGUAAGUCGAUCUGGGCAUAAAAUGUCUGAACCAAUAAAAAAACAAAUUUAUAUCACUUUAUUAAGUAUGAUCGGUCAUCAAGAAGAUAUCACCAGAAACGCGGUUGGGGGAUGUUUAGGGGCGAUAUUAAAGUACACAGACCCUGGGCAAGUCGAUGAUUUAUUUAAUAAUUUAAUACUGACGGAGCGUAUAGAUGAUAUUUUAGUAAAACAUGGGCAUUCAAUAGUUUUAUUUGUAGCCUUAAAGGAGUGUCCCAAAGCAGUACUUACUUCAAAUCUGGAAGAAAAGAUUAAAUCUUAUGUUUUGUCUCAUAUUUUAUCAGAUAAAGCCCCUAUUUCCUGCAACGCAAUAAGAGCUGCCACUUAUCUUUUGGAACAUUAUAUUGUUAAUAACUGCGAACUGCCUGUUAAUAUUAUAAGUGCGCUAGCUAGAGCUAUGAAUCAUUCUAAUAACGAUGUUAAACAGUUGGUCGCUAAAAGUUGUACCCACCUGUCUAAAUCUUUGACAGAUGAUCAAAUUAACCUUGAUGUUUUAAAAUAUUUGGUCCCUAUGCUAGUAAACGGAACUAAGGAAAAGAAUGGAUAUGUAAAAUCAAAUUCUGAACUAGCACUAAUUUCAAUUUUAAGGUUAAGAACUGACGACUCUACAUUAUCAAAAAUUUCAAACCUCCUAGAACCGGGCGCUAGGGAAUCUUUAAAUGAAGUAGUAACUAAAGUUUUAAAACGUGCCACUUCGCAGUUAAGUAUCAAAGAGGAAGAAUUGGAUGAUACAUUGCAAACAUAAUAUUAAUAAUGUAAUUUGUUUUAUAUAUAUCACAUGUUAUUGUAAUUCAAUAGAUUUUUUUGUAAAUAAAGGAUUUUAUAAAUUGGA